CAAGACUCAAUAGCCAAUCAGAGCCUCCACAUGGACCUGCCAGUCAGAAGAGGAGGCGGCUCUUCCAGGUCAAGCUUGCAAGCUCCUUUCUGUAACUCAGCGGUCAUGGGAGUUUCUAUGUGAUGUGUUCUGCGUGACUCUACUGGGUGUUGUGAGAGAAGGUUAGUCAAGCUCAGAACUCCAAACAUGGAUUUAGUCACCUAUGAUGAUGUGCAGGUGAACUUCACUCGGGAUGAGUGGGCUUUGCUGGAUCCUUCUCAGAAGAGUCUCUACAAAGGUGUGAUGCUAGAGACCUAUAGGAAUCUCACAGCUAUAGGUUACAUUUGGGAAGAACAUACAAUUGAAGACCAUUUUCAAACUUCUAGAAGUCAUGGAAGGCAUGAAAGAAGUUGUUCUGCAGAGCAACCCUCUGAGUUUAUUCAAUGUGGUAAAGCCUUUGCAUAUGAGAGUGGUAGACAAAGGCAUCAAAUUAAACAUAAUGGAGAGAAACACCAUGACUGUAACCAAUGUGGUAAGGACUUUAGAACAUGGAAUGUCCUGCAAAUACAUAAGCGAACACAUACAGGAGAGAAACCCUAUGACUGUAAACAAUGUGGUAAAGCCUUUGCAAGAAGCUGUCAUCUCCGAAUACAUAAUCGAACACAUGCAGGAGAGAAACAGUAUGAAUGUAACCAAUGUGGUAAAGCUUUUAAAAGAAGGAGUGACCUCCAAAUACAUAAGCGAACACAUACAGGAGAGAAACCCUAUGAAUGUAACCAAUGUGGAAAAGCCUUUGUAAGCAGUGGUGACCUCCAAAAACAUAAACGAACACAUACAGGAGAGAAACCCUAUGAAUGUAAACAAUGUGGUAAAGCCUUUUCACAAAGCAGUCAUCUCCGAAUACAUAAGCGAACACAUACAGGAGAGAAACCCUAUGAAUGGAACCAAUGUGGAAAAGCCUUUGCAAGAAGUGGUGACCUCCAAAAACAUAAGCGAACACAUACAGGAGAGAAACCCUAUGAAUGUAAACAAUGUGGUAAAGCCUUUGCACAUAGCAGUCAUCUCCACAUACAUGAGCGAAGACAUACAGGAGACAAACCCUAUGAAUGUAAACAAUGUGGUAAAGCCUUUGCAGUAUUCUAUACUCUCCAAAUGCAUAAGCGAACACAUACAGGAGACAAACCCUAUGAAUGUAAACAAUGUGGUAAAGCCUUUACAGUAAUCUAUACUCUCCAAAUGCAUAAGCAAACACAUACAGGAGAGAAACCCUAUGAAUGUAAACAAUGUGGUAAAGCCUUUUCACAAAGCAGACAUCUCCGAAUACAUAAGCGAACACAUACAGGAGAGAAACCCUAUGAAUGUAACCAAUGUGGUAAAGCCUUUGCAAGAAGUGGUGACCAACAAGAACAUAAGCGAACACAUACAGGAGAGAAACCCUAUGAAUGUAACCAAUGUGGUAAAGCUUUUAUAAGAAGGAGAGUCCUCCAAAUACAUAAGCGAACACAUACAGGAGAGAAAUCAUAUGAAUGUAAACAAUGUGGUAAAGCCUUUGCAGGAAGCAGUCAUCUCCGAAUACAUAAGCGAACACAUACAGGAGAGAAACCCUAUGAAUGUAACCAAUGUGGUAAAGCUUUUAUAACAAGGAGAGUCCUCCAAAUACAUAAGCGAACACAUACCGGAGAGAAAUCAUAUGAAUGUAAACAAUGUGGUAAAGCCUUCGCAAGCAGUAGUGACCUCCAAAAACAUAAACGGACACAUUCCGGAGAGAAACCCUAUGAAUGUAAACAAUGUGGUAAAGCUUUUGCACAAAGCAGUCAUCUCCGAAUACAUAAGCAAACACAUACAGGAGAGAGACCCUAUGAAUGUAACUAGUAUGGUAAAGCCUUUGCAGGAAGCAGUGGUCUCCAAUGCCAUAAAAGAUAAAUACAGGAGAGACACCAUAUGAAUGUAACCAAGGUGGUAAACCCUUUGAAGGAAGCAGUGGUCUUGAAUAUUAUAAUCGAAAACACACAGCUGAAAAACCCAGGAAUGUAACCAAUGUGGUAAAGCCUUUGCAGGAAGGAGUGACCUUUAAAGAGAAAAGACCAUACAGGAGAGAAAUCUAUGAAGGUAUCUAAUGUUAUAAAGCCUUUGCAGCAAGCAUUGAUCUCCAAGUACAUAAAUGAACAUAUACCAGAGAGGAACCUUUUAAAUGUAACCAAUGUGGUAAAGCUUUUUCGAAAAACAAUAGUCUUUACACACAUAAAAGCACAUAUAGUUGAGAGAAAUGCUUUGAUUUUAACCAAUGUGGUUAAACUUUUUCAAAAAGCAGUAAUCAACAAAAUCAUGAAAGAGCACGUAUAGGAGAGAGAUUUUUGAAUGUUAGCAAUGGUGCUUUUAUAGCUUUUUCACAAAGCAGUGGCCUCCAAAUAUAUAAAGGAACACAUACAGGAGAGAAACCCUAUGAAUAUUGGCAAUGUUUUAAAGCACUUCUACAUCACAAUCAUCUUCAAAUCUGUAAGGAACAUGAGGUUUUGAGAAAUCCUCUGAAUAACACCAAUUAGGGAAAGCAAUUGUACAAAAGAGUCAUCCCCAACACAAAAGUAUACACACUAGAUAGAAACCCUAUGAAUAUAGGCAAUGUGGUAAACAUUUUAUAAGUCACAGUAGUCUGUAAGAAAAGGAGACACAGUUGAGAAAAACACUAUGAAAUGAACAAGUGAACAGAGCCUUGUGCAUUAAAAUCUUCAAAUACAUAAAAGAAGACAUAGAGGUGAGAAAUCCGAUGUCUACAAGCCAUGUGGUAUUGCUUUCACUUGUCAGUCAUAUUCAAAGACACAAAAGAAAACAAAAUGUAACAAAAGGCUGAGUGUGUUUAAUAUGGUGAAACUUUUUGAAUAUUUUAGAGUCUUCACAAUGAAACCAUUCAUACUGCAAAUAAAUUUAGGAAUAUAAUAUGGUGAAACCUUUUCAGAUUUCCCAAAUCUUCAUCAUUAUGAAUGAGAAACCCAUAAAUACAUUCAAUAUGGGGAAGCCUUUAAACAUUUCUAAUUCUUUAUCAUCAUGAAAAUAAUCAUACAAAGGAGAUCAAGGGGAUACAAGGCAUGAUUCUUAAUGUCUUGCUUGAGUUACAGUCCUGACAUCCUUUGGUGAAAAAUAUCAAUGCGGAAAUUGUGAGCUGGAUUAAACCCUUUCCUCCCCAACUGCUUCUUGGUCAUGAUGUUUAUGCAGGAAUAGAAACCCUGACUAAGACAAAUUGGUAUCAGGAGUGGGGUAUUCCUGUGACAACCUGACCAUGGUUUGGGAGGACUGUGGAAGGACUUUGGAACUUUGGGCUAGAAGAUUCAUUCUGUGUUAAGAAUGCUGUGGGAUGUUGUGUAGGAGCUUGGAAGAUAAUGUUGAGAACCGUGCAGAAGAUGGAGGCCUGGCUUGUGAAAUUUCAGAGGGAAAAUUAAAGCCUCUUUUGAGGGCCAUUGUUACUUUGUGAAGAUUCUGUGGUUCUGGUUAACUGGGGCUGAAGAAUCAGCUGUGAUUAACAAGAUAAUAGAAUUUCUAGAGUGAAAACUUUGCAUUACUGGGACUGUUGAUGCUGGUUAGCUGGAGCUAAGAAAUUAGCAGUGAUUAAGAAGAAACCAGCAUCAUUGAAGUGACAUCAUCUGUGAAGUGUUUUCUGAGAGCACAGAGGAAGUGUUCUAGAGAUAAUCAAGGUGGUACCUUGUGCUGUGGCUGGACUUGGUAGUGUGUAAGUCUUAUCCUCGUGGUACUGGUUUUGAAGGCAUGAAGGGAUAAUUCAGAGCAGCUAAGGCCCAGCACUUUGAGAGGCCAUGGAAGGCCACUGGUUAAGGUGCAGACUCAGGUGAAAUUGAUGGCCCAGUACUGAAGAGAUCAUGCAGUGUUUUGGAGUUGACAGCUCCAUGAUUGACCACGAAGAACUGCAGCAGCAGCAAAGUACAUGCAUCUGGAGCCUAGAGGACAAGUUGUGUGCUACAAAGGACAGGGUUGGAAAAGUGACCCAAGCCCUUGGAUCUUUUGGAGUUGUCCAAAAGAUCGUGAGUUGGAUCCCAGACAUUGGACAGUUGGAGUUUAAUUUUUACUUUUGAUUGUGACUGUGCCCUGAUAUUUUUCCCUCUUGAAGGAAACAAGUAUUUUAGUGGAUUCCAUAGUAAAGAGACUUUUAAUUGUAAAAGGCUUUGGAUUUUAAAGGAUAUUGGAUAUUUUAAAAGCAUUGAACUUUUAAUAUGUAAAGUCUGUGGGGCUUUCAAAGUUGUGUAUAUCUUGGGCAUGAAUAAGAAACUAAGAGUUGAGCAUUACUAGUGAUGUGUUUGCGUGUCAAGUUGACAAGGUGUCAAUUAUACUGGCUAAUUUUGUGUCAACUUGACACAAGCUGAAGUUAUCACAGAGAAAGGAGCUUCAGUUGAGAAAUGCCUCCAUGAGAUCCAGAUGUAAGACAUUUUCUCAAUUAGUGAUCAAGGGGAAAGGCCCCUUGUGGGUGGGACCAUCUCUCUGCACUGGUAGUCUUGGGUUCUCUAAGACAGCAGUCUGAGCAAGCCAGGUGAAGCAAGCUAGUAAAGAAACAUCCUUCUGUGGCCUCUGCAUCAGCUCCUGCUUCUUGACCUGCUUGAGUUCCAGUCCCGACUUCCUUGGUGAUGAACAGUAAGCAGUAUGAAAGUGUAAGCCAAAUAAACCCUUUCCUCCCCAACUUGCUUCUUGGUCAUGAUGUUUGUGUAGGAAUAGAAACCAUGAAUAAGACAAGGGGUAUAAGGUAUGGAUUGUAAAAAAAAGAUUAGACAAUAAAGAAAUGAAGAAAUAAAAUUAAUUUUUUUUUAAAAGGAGGAUCAGACAGAAACAUUCCUUCCAAAUUAUAGCUUUAUUUUCACACCAAUCAGGAUUUAGGGAUAGGGGCUUAUGUAGUUUACAGUGUCAACUGUUAUAUAAUAUGACUGUUAUAGCUUAACUAAUCAUAUGGAUUUGUUCUUUGGUGGUAAAGUACAGUCUUAUGUUUUGAGGGGCACAGUGAAAAGCAGAAAACAUUGUUAGAGACAGUCAUUAUGUUUUAAAAAGAAAAUAUGAGUAAAGUGAGGUUGGAUCUCCACAAUACCUAAUCCUUGGAAACGAACUUAGUUUCACCAUAUGAUUAAAUUCAGGAUAAUAACAAAAAGGCAAUACUUAGGGCCUGGUGUUUGGAUUUGAUUUGUUUUUCUGCUAAUUCCCAAUUGUGUAUUGAUUCUUAUGCUACUCCUGUUAAAUUCUUCCCAAAUUUCAUGAUAAUCCUGUACUGGGACACUGAGAUUCCCUGCCCCAAGCUGAUUGUAAAUGGGUAACAAAAGUGCCAGCAGCCAAUGGCUAGGCAGGCAACAAAGGCAGGACUUUUGGAUUCAUGGCAAGGGAAACAAAGAGGAUCUCCAUGCCAGUAAAGGAUUUGGAUGCCAGCUUCAGAGCUGGGAAAGACACAAUACCAGCCACAUAAAAGCUAGGAAAGAGUGACCCCAGUGUUCCCUCCUCUGAUUGGUUCUGGAGAAGCAAAGAUGGGCUCUAGAUUUAGGAAAUUAGGUGUAUCACAGGGGAACCAAUAGCAAUGUGGAUGUUUGGUAGUGUCCCAGCCAAUGAGCUGAUUUGGCAUAUUACAUAAUGCUGUUUGUCUUUCAUUUCAGACUCCAAAGUACUUGUAUGCUGAGCUAAGAACUUAAACAGGUGGCAUCCUAUAGUAGAGCAGAGUAACCAACUGAGUCUACAGAAGACAUCACACCUACAGGAUGGAAUGCAAUAUUAAAAACUAUUUGGGGAUUCUCAAAUGAAAAACAAAUGCUAAGAUGUGAAAUUAAGGGAUGAGGAAAAUUGGUUUCUUAGUGGAUUCGCUUGUUUUGCUGAGCCAUUUGAAUCCUCACUAGCUGUGCAGGUUCACAACUAAAACAAAAGUUGAGCUAAAAUGGUAUGCACAAUUCUUGGAUUUGUGGAAUGAGCUGGGACUCAGAAAAAUGUCCCAAGCUGAUCCAGACAUCCUUGUUGGUCUGGAUUUUCCAUGAGCCCUCUUCCACCAUGAGCCCUUCUAAAAGAUUUCUGUCUGCCUCAGAUAGUUUAAGCUUGGAGGUGCAGUACAAAGAGACAGGCUGCUCAGAAAGCAACAACAGAGGUAGAUGGUAGAGGCUGCCCAGAGCUAUAAUCAGAAAAAAAGAAUAGAGAGAAAUCGAUGAGAUUUGUUUUAACUUCUUUUAAGGAAAAAUGAGCAGGUGGUGAUUGUGUAAGAGUGUUUGAGGCAAUCUCUGUGAAGGGCCCUAAUGUCUGCAGAGGAUUCUCCACAUGGCUGGCACCCUAGCACACCCAGGUCCUUGAGAUCACUGGUAAGUGGAAUGCAAUAUAAGUUCCAAAAAAUACAGAGGGUCUUGUAAUAGUAGGAACAGGGACAAAGGACAGCAGCGUGACCAGCGACUGAGGUUAACUUCUGGUUGGAGCCACCCUCUCCCACCCCCAUGCAAUCUUUGGCCAGAUCUCAGCAGAGGGCCCAAAGGUCCCCAGAGGACUCUUCAUGCUGAAGGCCCCCUAGCACACCCUGGUCCUUGAGAUCACUGGUGAGUGGAAUGCAACAUCACUUCCAAAAAAUCCAGAGGGUCUUGUGCUAGCAGCAACAAGGUCAAAGGACAAAGGCAGGCCCAAGCACAUCCAGAAUCUUGGGAUCACUGAGAACUGGUUAUGCAGGAGAGUAAGUGGGCAGCAGAAGCAACAAAGCUUCUUGAACAAGGUCCCUACAGGCCUUCAUCCUCAGCCAGAAGACAGACCUAACACCCAGAACCCUAGACACUUUCCCUGGGAGAGGGGAGUCGGCCUCCAGGGAGGGCUCUGACCCCAGGAAUCAGGAGGUGGAUCUGAACUCCAGACUUCUGUGCACCUUCUCUGUUGGCACUUUCUCUUUAUGUUACCUAGGUCACAUCAUAUUUAGUGGAUAGGAUUAUAGACAAUUAAGACUGUAGUAAGAUUAAGGGAGAGUUUCCCUUAGAAUUUAAGACAUAUUUCAAACAACCAGAAUGGAGAUUUUUUAAAUUAUGUUUAUUCUUUAAUUAUACUCCAGUCAUUAUCACCCCCCCCCAUUCCAACCACUAACAGUUUCUCAUCCCAUAUCCCGACCCCUCUGUACAUCUCCAUGAGGGUGUCCUCACACCCACAACCAUUCAACAACAUCCUGCCAGGCCUCCCCAAUCCCUGGGACUUCAAGUCUCUCAAGGAUUAGGUGUGUCUUCCCUCCCUGAGUCCAGGCCAGGCAGUCCUCCUCUGUAUAUGUUGGGGACCUUGGACCAACAAGUGUAUGCUGCCUGGUUGCUGGCUCAGAGUCUGAGAGAUCUCCAAGGUCAAGGUUUCUUGAGACUGUUGGUCUUCUUGUUGGGUUGUAAGACUCCCGGGAGCCUUAGCUUACUGGGGACCUGUGAGUGAACCAUGUGGGGCUGGAAUCAAUGGAAAAAGCAAGAGGAAUUUAUUGUUCCACUAAACUGGGGUCAUCCCAGACCCUAAGGAGAGGUGGUGACCCGCGUGCCUGUUCGGCGAGCUUUUAUAUGGUUGUCAGGGGCAAAAUAGAGCAUCAACCUGGCAGUGAUGGCAUACAUCUUACAUUUAAAAGCUCAUAGUGGAUUGCCCAGACCCCUUAAUGAGGGCAAUGCUGCAGCAGGUUUGCAUAUCAGGCAGAGUAUAGGCAUUACACAGGAAUAGUUCAGCCAAACACUCUCAUUCUUUACAUCAUUAAAAAGCAAUAGGUUGAGACAACAAUUUGGUAUUUCUUGAGAAUGUGCAUGUCAAAUUGUAAAGACUUUCAUCAGUGUCCUCAAUUUCUUCCUGUAUCACACAAAGGUGUUAAUCCUCUAGGAGUUAAUCCUCUAGGACUGGUACCUACUCAGUUAUGGCAAAUAGACGUUACUUAUAUAUCUGAAUUUUAAAAAUGUUAAACAAUGUACAUAUGUGCUACAUCCAAUCCAGUAGUGAGAAGCGCGACAGGCCCCGAAAACCUGUGUGCUGUCCUGAGGCGAGAAGUUCACGGAAACUUAGUCUCCUGGAAUCUUGCAAUCAUGUAUAAAGAAUGCUCCAAUGUCCUUGCUUUAGUUGGUAAACGGAUCUUGGGCUUUCCCUUAAUGUUGCUUUAUUAUAAGUCCUCCUAAGGGGGCUGGAGAGAUGGCUCAGUGGUUAAGAGCAUUGACUGCUGUUCUGAAGGUCCUGAGUUCAAAGCCCAGCAACCACAUUGUGGCUCACAACCACCCAUUAUGACAUCUGAUGCCCUCUUCUGGUGUAUCUGAAGACAGCUAUAGUGGACUUAAACAUAAUAAAUAAACAAAUCUUUAAAUCACAUAAUUAUAAAAAAAAUAAGUGCUCCUAAGUAUUGAUUUUUUUUUUUUUUUUUUUUUUUUUUUUUUUUUUUUUUUUUUUUUUUUUUACAUAGAGCUAAGUUAGAUUCUAGGCAGUCAUUGAUCCGACCCUGGGCAUGGAUAGCUAAGUCACUGCCCUAUGUAGGAAUUUACCAUUAUCUAGGAAGAGGGAAGUUAGUGACCUAAGGAGGAACCAGAGUAGAUACUUAGAACUAUAGAUAGCUGAGUUACACCCAUAUACAAGUGUUUACAAUGGCCUAGGGGGAACAGGAACCCAGACCCCUUAAUGAGGGCAAUGCCACAGCAGGUUUGCAUAUCAGGCAGAGUAUAGGCAUUACACAGGAAUAGUUCCGCCACACACUCUCAUUCUUUUUGUUUGUUUGUUUGUUUUUCAUUUUUAAAAUUCUAUUUUUUAUUUAUUUGUUUGUUUAUUGUAUGUAAGUACACUGUAGCUGUCUUCAGACACUCCAGAAGAGGGCAUCAGAUCUCAGUACAGAUGGUUGUGAGCCACCAUGUGGAUGCUGGGAUUUGAACUCAGGACCUUCGGAAGACCAGUCAGUGCUCUUUUUUUUAAAUAUUUUUAAUUAGGUAUUUUCCUCAUUUACAUUUCCAAUGCUAUCCCAAAAGUCCCCCAUUCCCUCCCCCUACUCCACUACCGACCCACUCCCACUUUUUGGCCAUGGCGUUCCCCUGUACUGGGGCAUAUAAAAUUUGCAUGACCAAUGGCUCUCUUUCCAGUGAUGGCCGACUAGGCCAUCUUUUGAUACAUAUGCAUCUAGAGACAAGAGCUCCGGGGUACUGGUUCAUUCAUAUUGUUGUCCCACCUAUAGGGUUGCAGUUCCCUUUAGCUCCUUGGGUGCUUUCUCUAGCUGCUCCAUUGGGGGCCCUGUGAUCCAUCCAAUAGCUGACUGUGAGCAUCCACUUUUGUGUUUGCUAGGCCCUGGCAUAGUCAAAUGCACUAAAAGAAACACUCUCAUUCUAUACAUCAUUAAAAUACUAAUAGGUUGAGACAACAAUUUGGUAUUUCUAGAAAAUGUGCAUGUCAAUUUAUAAAAACUUGUCUUCAGUGUCCUCAAUUUCUUCCUGUACUACAUAAUGGUGUUAAUCCUUGAGAACACAUACCUAAUCAAGUAUGGCAAAUAGAUGUUACUUAUGUAUCUGAAUUUUAAAAAAUGUUAAACAAUGUACAUAUGACUAUUGAUAUCUUCUCAUGCUUUCUAUUUGCAACUGCUUUAACAGGAUAAGCAACUAAAUAAGGAACUAGUCAUUGCCUACAUUGUUUUUCUAUUCUUGAUGUUCAAAAUGACAGGAAGACAUAAAGUUACUGGCCAUUACAGUCAGGCAUUUGUGAUGUUUUGUUAACAAUUUAAUACUUGUCAUAUUACUGGGAUUCCUUAUUAUUCUCAAAGACUAGGUAUUGUGGAGCACACCCAUGGAACUUUAAAACAAUUCUCAAUUUAGCACAAUCUUCAAUCAUCUGGUAGGAAAGUCUCAAGGAGGCAUCAUCUGAAUCAGGUUAGCCUUUCACAAUAGCUGUGGGAUACUGUCAUAGUUAUAUUAAUUAAGAUGAAGAGACUUAGCACGGUUAAGUUGCUCCAUUUCCUAAGCAGGGACCCUGGUUGUAAAAGAAUGGAGAAAGUGAACUGUGCACUAGCAAAAAUGCUCUGAGACUCCUGCUCUUGACUGUCGAUAGGUGUGCACUCUUGUUGCAGGCUCUUGACACUGCAACAUUUUACCACCAUGAACCAUACUACGGAACUAUGAGCUAAAAUGACCCUUUCUUUCCCAUUUGCUUUUCCUAGGGUAUUUUAUUGUAAGAAUAGCAUUGUACCAAUACAUUUAAACAUUUUGUUUCUCUUUUGAGGAUUUUUAAAAAUGAAACAUAAAGUAUAUAUGGCAUGAAAGGCAUUGUCCAAAGAAUGCCAAGUGCACACAUCUCACUAGUCUAUCUCUUGAUGGACAGCCUCCCUCAGUCUCACUCUCUGUCAGGCAUCAUUCAUUUCUCCAGUCAGGAAACAGUAGAUUCCUACUAUGCUAUCCCUGGCUUGACCUACAGCUGUAUAUUACCUCCAAUCUGAAACUAACUCAGAAGGAGGUUAUGGGACUCACAGUGUUCCCAAUGGGGUUGUAUAAGCAAGAACCAGUUCAUGAGGGAGAGAUGACUCCCUGGUAGCACUGCCUGCAAGCAGUAUAGCAAACUUCAGGGAUUCAGCUCCUUCAAGGCAUCACCCAUGUUGGGUUGCUUUGUUAAUGACUCAGCUAGCUGACUAUGCCAACCAUAAUUGGAAAAGCCCAAUAAUAAUUUCUCUCCCAUUCACUGGGCUUGAAAUCACUUCAGAGACAAAGUUUUGGUUGUUUUGGGGAGUUUGAGAGAAGCAAAAAAAAAAAAAAAAAAAAAAAAAAAAAGGAUCAAAGCCACCCAGAAUGAAAUGACUCCAAAUGUUGGCCCAGCUAAGGUAGAAAAUCAUGGGCCAAGAUAAACCUUUCCUUCCCAUAAUCCUAAAAUAUUUUUGUUGGGUAUUUAUUUGCAGCAACAAGAAAACCCACUGAUGCUCCAAAACAAUACUUGGGUGGAGCCAUCUCCUAUCUCUCAACAUGCUCUAUCUGGAAGGAAAGGAAGUUCCUUCACAUCUCCCCAGGAUACAUUUAACAACAAACACCCCAUUAAGAACUUGCUGUAAUCAUUGUCCAGGGUCAGUGCCUUGGGUAGUUGACACAUGAGAAGCUCCUGUGACAUCUUGUGAACUGUCACUGCCAUGGAGCCAGGAACCCACCUCAGUGUUGGGACAUCAUUGCUGGUGCUAAUGUACAGACUUCAAGAAUGUGCCUGUCUAAGAUGAAAAGUGGAUGGAGGAAGGACAAGGGCAAAAGUGACAGAGUUUGUUCAAAGAAAAACAAAGCAGGGGCUUCUCAAAAAGCUAGCUUGCCAUUCCCCCAUCACCCUCAACUCUCCCAUUCCCUGAGAAUCCCACAAGUCAGGAAGGUUUCGGUGGCCCUCUUGUGGCGACCUCAAAUAUUGCUCAAUGUUUUUUGGUUGCAUCAUGCAAGUGGUACCAGCUAGAAACAAGGUGUGAAAUAAAACUAUUUUAAAGGUU